AGACUGAACGUCGUGAGAUCGGCUUCUUGUAGCCAUCGUGCAAUUUGGCCUCGCCUGCGCAUCUGUUGCGCAGGCAACCGCGCGCUUGCCGCGCUGCCUCAAAAAUUCUGAAAGCCAGGCGAGCCUUCGGCCAGGUGGCCAGGCGGCUCAGCAUGUCGUACACCUGCACGCCGCUCCUGGGUCACUUCGGGGCCGAGGUCCGGGACAUCUCGCUGGAUGGGGAGGAGCCAUUGCCCGCAGAGCUGGUCACCAGGAUCAAGGAGGACAUGAAGAAGCACCGGGUGCUGGUCUUCAAGGGCCAAGGCCGCCUGAGUGGCGCACGCCAGGUGCAAAUCUCGCGGCAGCUGGGGACUGUGGAAAGUACCUUCUACAAGCACCCUAAGAGCCCGCACCCGGACAUCUUCAGAGUUUCCAACGACGAAUACGAAGGCUGCGUCGGUGUGGGGCGCACGGGCUGGCAUGUGGACGGCACCUUUCAGGAGAUGCCUUUCAAGUACCAGACCAUGCACUUCCACAGCGUCUGCGAAGGUGGGGAGACUUGGUUCGUCCCCUUGAAGGAGUUCUAUGAAAUGCAGGACGCGGAGACCAAAGCCCGCUGGGAGAGAUACUGGAUGCUCCCGCGCCGGGACCUUGCACAUCCACUGGUGUACAAGCACCCCGUGCGCCAGGACACCACCCUGCUCUUCCAUUGCGGCCCGCCCUUCGUAGAGGGCUGGAUCGUGGACUCUGACGCAGAGAACACCCGAGAGAGGCAGCCAGAGAGGAUGCUCCGCGCGAAGGUGGUGCAGGACGAGCUGACGGAGAAGCUGGAUCAGGCGGUAGAGAAGAUCGGGAUCAAGAUGAAGUGGGAGGAGGGGGACUUUGCGAUCAACGACAAUGUGGGGAACUGUCACUAUGCUGCUCCGGGCACGCAGAAUCCCAAGGGUCGAGCUGGUCUGAGGAUCUUACAUCGAACCACCAUCGCCGGUGAGGACGUGCCCACGAAAUUCGACGGUCGGAGCUCCUUUCCCAUGGGCUGAGCGGACAAA